CCUGGCCUUCUUCUCGUCAUCUUCGAGAACUUUGUUACUGUUAACAUAAUGACCACAUCUGGUGGCGCUGGGUCCAGUCGAAAAGAUGGAGGAUUUGUGUUUGAACAACAAAACGAUGUCCGGAUGAAUGAACUAGGCUCCAAGAUCUCUGCUCUGAAAAAUAUAACAAUAGAUAUACAUCAAGAUGUGAAUGCUCAAGAUCGACUUUUAAAUGAAUCGCACGGUAUUUUCGACGGAUUUGGCAAUAGUUUGCAAAACUCUGUUGGUAGAUUGAAUCGAAUGGUAUCGAAACGACAUCAACGACAAUUAUGUUUUUAUGUUACAAUAGCUUUAGUGGUCUUUUUUAUUCUUUAUUAUGGUUCUGGUUUGAUAUCAUGGUCUUCGUCUUCUUCGGAAGAGGUGAAUCAUGAUGGUAUUUGAAAUAAAAUCAUUUUAUUUUAUCAUUUGA